UAUAUCACUGAAAUGGCGGACUGAAAAAAAUCUUUGACUACGCCACUGCAUUCUACGUGAAAAAGUGUCUGUAAAAUGUAACAUUCAUUAUUCGAUAUCACUGAAACUUAACGAAAUAUAAACACCAAGUCAAAAAGCCAAAAAAUGAGAUUUCACUCAUGCCACACACAAGUAUUCUUGUAGUAUGAAGUAUUCUUCAUACAAGGUGCGGCACGGAGGGCGGACGUUUUUCAGAUGGGCAUAACUUUCCCCCACUGAGGACGAGGGAAGUGGGGAAGGUGCCGUUAGACUCGUGUGUUCCUAGCAUUUAUUUUUUUAUAUUUUUUUUUUAUAUUUACUUCUUCGAAGACGUUAAUGGUCGUGCUGUUACCGUGAACUCAGAGCGGUACGUCGAAAUGAUCAACAACUUCUUUAUCCGACGUGUGUGGUUCCAACAGGAUGGGGCGACCGCCCACACAGCCAGAGCAUCAAUGGACGUUAUUCGCCCUCUCUUCCCUGGUCGCCUUAUUUCCAGGUUUGGCGAUGUUCAUUGGCCUCCCCGGUCCCCAGAUUUAUCCAUAUGUGAUUUUUUCUUAUGGGGACACCUCAAGGCUAGAGUAUACGAGACCAAGCCCCGAACUCUGGACGAAUUGAAAAGGGCUAUUCGCGUGGAAGUUGCCCAAGUUGAGAGAGCGAUGUUGGAGAGAGUCAACGCGAACUUCCAAGAGCGCCUCCAGCACUGCAUCACCGAUUUCGGCCACCACAUGCCUGAUGUGAUUUUCCACACUUGACUGUCUCAAAUGCUAUUUCCUUGAGAAUCUGAUUCCGUCAAUAAAUGUGUUUUUGAGUAAAAAUUAA